AAGACAGUGAAGGUACAAGGCUACAGGACAGGAGCUCUGAACAAGAUCCAACGCAAUGAAGUGCGUUAGACACCUGACCCUACUUUUCUUGCUGUCACUGUGCGAGUAUUCAACUCAGGUUGAGGAUGGCCACUGCAUAUGGUACGGGCAAUGCUUCACAGACGCAAAAGGCAAAAUCAAGAACUGCUACAGAACAAUAGAAGCUCCAGUUCUGCAAGAUCCUUAUGGAUUACAGAUCCUUAAUAAGAGAUGUCCUCAUUUAAACGUUGAUAAUGGCACAGGAAUUCAUACUUGUUGCAACACGGCGCAACUGCAGGCCAUGGACGAGAAGCUGCAGCUAGCGGAGGGCAUUCUGAAACGCUGUACUUCCUGUGUUAGAAACCUGAUGAGGCACAUAUGCGAAUUCACUUGUUCUACAACCCAGAACAAGUUUAUCGAACCGGCGGAACUCAAGCAGAAUCCAGCAAACGAAACAUAUAUAAACGCUAUGAAUGUGUAUAUUGACCCGGCGUACAUGAACGAAACGUAUGAUUCGUGCCGACAAGUUGUGAUGCCAUCCAGCGGCGGACCGGCCCUCGGUAGCAUGUGCAUACCUUACGGUGCUGAAGACUGCAACCCGGAAAGGUGGUUCGAGUACAUGGGCAACGAGGAGCUCAGUGACUUCGUGCCCUUCCAAAUCAACUACAUUCCAAUCGCGGAGAGCAAUGGAGUUUACGAUCCACUCAGAAUAGAAACAAAACCGUGCUCUGAGCCAUAUGACGAAAACAGCGCUGCGUGCAGCUGUUUAGAUUGCGAAGCGAGCUGUCCUGGUUCCGGGGGUCUCGCCCCUCUACCAUCAGAAGCAGACGAAGAGUUCCAGAUAGCUGGGUUGUACGGUCUGGGGUUCGUUAUGGGCAUAGUGUACAUAGUUCUGGUUGUGGCGUUCCUCUCCUUGCUGUUCUUGUUGCAUAGGAUAAAACCCAACUUUUCUAGACUUCACUACCCACGGUUCAUGACUUCUCUUGAGGGCACAUUCAAUUCAGCCUUACAGCGCUUCUUCGCCCAAUGGGGCACCGUUUUCGCCUCCCAUCCUGCGUUAGUUCUGUUUGCUUCCUCGUGGGUUGUAGCGGCUCUGGUUUACGGAGCUUUCGACUUGCAAGUGACAACAGACCCAGUCGAAAUGUGGGCCUCGCCUCAGAGUCGGUCACGUCUUGAGAAAGAAUACUUUGACAGCCGUUUCGAACCAUUCUAUCGUUUGGAGCAAGUGUUCGUGAAAGCGGUUGGGAUACAGAAGGUGAAAUGGGAUGGCAAGGAAUACGGCCCUGUCUUCAAUGAUACUUUCCUCAGCGUUGUGUUCAACCUGCAGGAGCGGAUACAAAGGCUCGGAGAAGACGAGGGUAAGGGGCUGAAUACGAUCUGCAACGCGCCGCUGGUUGCAGCUGGGGACGCCGUGUCAAUUGAAAACUGCACCGUUCAGAGUGUGUGGGGGUACCUGAAGAACAGCCCGAAUUUGACGGAAGGCUACAUAGACACUAUGAUGAGAUGUAUCCAGAAUACCUAUGAUUACGGCUGUCUGGCCCCGUAUGGGGGCCCAGUGGAACCCGGAUUGGCCCUUGGAGGGUUAGAGGGCUCAGACUUCUCUCAAGCAACUGGCCUUUCCAUUUCCUUCAUGGUGAAUAAUCACCACAACAAGACAGCACAGCUGCCGGCAAUGGAGUGGGAACUCCGGUUCGUGGAGUUUAUGAAGAACUGGACGGAGAAAGAGAUGCCAGACUUCAUGUCAGUCGCAUUUUCUGCAGAGCGCUCGAUUCAAGAUGAACUAGAAAGGGAAUCUGAGGCUGAGAUUGUGACCGUAGUCAUUAGCUACGUGGUCAUGUUCGCGUACAUCGCCGUGGCGCUGGGGCAGUUCCGCAGCUUCAAGACUCUUCUGGUGGACAGCAAGGUGACGCUCGGGGUAGGAGGCAUUGUGAUAGUGCUCAUGGCCGUCGGUUGUACCCUCGGUAUAUUCGGGUACGCCGGCGUCACAACGACACUGCUGACUAUAGAGGUAAUACCGUUUCUGGUACUGGCGGUCGGUGUGGAUAACAUCUUCAUUCUAGUGCAGACACAUCAGCGGGAGGAGAGACGCAAAGACGAAACUCAUGCGGAACAUGUUGGACGCACCCUGGGCCGCGUGGGGCCCAGUAUGCUACUAACCAGCGUGUCUGAAGCUUCGUGUUUUCUUAUCGGUGCGCUCUCUGACAUGCCUGCUGUCAGGACCUUUGCGCUGUACGCCACAGUGGCCCUGCUUCUGGAUUUCAUUUUCCAAAUCACCUGUUUCGUCAGUCUGCUUGCAGUGGACGACAGAAGACAAGCAGCGAAACGGUUCGACGUGAUCUGUUGCGUCGUUUCUUCGGAGAAGAAAGUUGGCUCCAGGAAACACGACAACCUACUCAGUUACGUUUUCGAGAAGUGUUACGCUCCCUACCUGCUUGGAUACCCCUGGGUGCGCGUCAUCGUUGUUCUGCUGUUUCUGCUCUGGCUCUGCGUCAGUAUCUGUCUGUUCCCUCUGGCCGAGGCGGGACUCGACCAGGAGCUCUCGAUGCCCGAGGACUCCUACGUCCUCGUCUAUUUCCAGUACAUGAAAGAUCUGCUAUCUAUGGGCCCUCCUGUGUACUUCGUGGUCAAAGCCGGACUCAACUACAGCGACAGCGAUAUACAGAACCUCAUCUGUGGCGGACAGGGCUGCAACGCGGACUCCCUGAGCACUCACCUAUAUCGCGCCCACCUGUCUCCAGAGAGCUCAUACUUGGCGCGCCCAGCAUCCUCGUGGAUCGACGACUAUUUCGAUUGGACUACGCUGGAGAGUUGCUGCUCAAAGCCUCCUGUGUUUCCAGGUAAUUUCCUCAUUCAUUACACCUCCACACAACGAGAGUGUGAGGGAUUUCUUGGUUCUUUUCACCCUGAUUUGAUCUUCAUAAACGUCGUAAAGACUGGUCAUGGGACACACCCAGCUUCAUAUCCAUCACGUACUGGGG